GAGGAGGAGGAGGAGGGGACGGAGGCACCGCGCCGUGUCUGCCCAGCUCGCUGCAUCGCUGAGCGGCCUGCCGACAAGAUGUCGACCAGAACGCCAUUGCCCACCGUGAACGAGCGUGACACCGAGAACCACUCAUCGGUGGAUGGCUUUGUUGAGCCCCCAGCUCCCCCAACGAAGUCUGCAAGUCGUCACAGCCUGCCGCGAUGCCGCAACUCUUUCACCUCUACAGACGAGCAUCCUCACAUCGGCAAUUACCGCCUCCUUAAAACUAUCGGAAAGGGAAACUUUGCCAAAGUGAAGCUGGCGCGGCAUGUCCUGACUGGUAGAGAGGUAGCGGUGAAGAUUAUAGACAAAACCCAGCUGAAUCCGACCAGUCUACAGAAGCUUUUCAGGGAAGUCAGAAUAAUGAAGAUUCUGAAUCAUCCUAAUAUAGUAAAACUGUUUGAGGUGAUUGAAACAGAAAAGACACUUUAUUUAGUGAUGGAGUAUGCAAGCGGUGGAGAGGUAUUCGACUAUCUAGUGGCUCACGGCCGAAUGAAGGAGAAGGAGGCCAGGGCCAAGUUCAGACAGAUCGUGUCUGCAGUGCAGUAUUGUCAUCAAAGGCGGAUAGUACAUAGAGAUCUAAAGGCUGAGAACCUGCUGCUAGAUGCAGAUAUGAACAUUAAGAUAGCUGAUUUUGGCUUCAGCAAUGAGUUCACCGUGGGCAGUAAGCUGGACACUUUCUGCGGCUCCCCGCCGUACGCUGCUCCUGAGCUCUUUCAAGGAAAGAAGUACGAUGGUCCUGAAGUGGACGUCUGGAGUCUAGGAGUUAUCCUGUACACACUGGUCAGCGGAUCACUGCCCUUCGACGGACAGAACCUAAAGGAGCUUAGGGAGCGAGUGCUGCGGGGAAAGUACCGCAUUCCUUUCUACAUGUCCACAGACUGUGAAAACCUGCUGAAGAAGCUCCUCGUUCUCAACCCCGUCAAACGGGGCAGUUUGGAGCAAAUCAUGAAAGACCACUGGAUGAAUGUGGGUCACGACGAGGAGGAGCUCAAACCUUACGUUGAGCCUGAGCCCGACUUUAAUGAUUCAUCCAGAAUAGAGCUCAUGGUGACGAUGGGUUUCCCUAAAGAUGAGAUCACAGAGUCUCUACAAAACCAGAAGUACGAUGAGGUCAUGGCCACCUACCUGCUGCUGGGCCGAAAAGCUCCAGAGUUUGAGGGCAGCGAGCCGGUGACUAACAGUGUCCUGGGCCAGAGACAGAGACCGACUAGUGACAUCAACAACAGCUCCAGCAUUUCUCCCGCCCAUCCCAAGGUCACACGCAGCAUCUCGGCCAAUCAGAAGCAGCGCCGCUACAGUGAUCAUGGUGGGGAUGAUGAUGGUGGUGGUGUCGUAGAGAAGCCAAUGGGUCCAUCUGUGCCACCAGCGGUGUCGUAUUCGAAGCGUGGUCAGGCCCUGAGUGUGGAAAGUGACCACAGGGAGGAGUGGGACGGAGCUCGUCGGCUGGAGCUCAGCACUUCGAAAGGAGACGUUCCUGCUUCACCGCUGGGGGUGCAGGAGAGGAAGAAAGCUACGAGUGCUGUAGGGCAGGCCAACGGUUCAAUGACUCGCAGAAACACGUAUGUGUGUGAACGAUCCUCCAUGGAUCGAUAUUCAGCUAUUCCUAAUGGCAAAGACAGCAGUUUAACGGAGGUGUCAGGAAAUACGCCGUCCACUGCACUGAGCUCUACACGACCUCGUCACACCAAGUCUAUGUCCUCGUCGGGGCAUCCUUCAAAGAGCACACUGCCCCCCAUCGAUGACAACACGGAGCUUAAAUCCAGCUCCUCUCCACGUGAUCCCUCCACCUCUCCCUCAGUACACAGUAUUAGCACACCUGAGAAAAACCGGUUCCCCCGGGGCACCACCAGUCGCAGCACCUUUCACGGAGCUCAGCUCAGAGACCGCCGCAGCGCUACAUAUAACGGUCCCCCAGCCUCGCCCACAUUGUCCCAUGACACGGGGGCUCUUGCACAGCAACGCAGGGGCACCUCCACGGGAAUCAUCGGCAAGAUCACCUCAAAGUUUGUCCGCAGGGUGCCUAGUGAGGGAGAAGCCAGUGCCAGGAUGGAAACACCGAGGAGCGCGUCUGGCGAUUCUAAGGAAGACGGCUGUCGAGACGCCAAGCCCCGCUCGCUGCGUUUCACCUGGAGCAUGAAGACCACCUCCUCCAUGGAGCCCGCCGACAUGAUGAGAGAGAUCCGAAAAGUCCUGGACGCCAACAGCUGCGACUACGAGCAGCGCGAGCGCUUCCUGCUUUUCUGCGUCCACGGCGACGCUCGCCAGGACAAUCUGGUCCAGUGGGAGAUGGAGGUGUGCAAGCUGCCCCGCCUUUCGCUCAACGGCGUGCGCUUCAAGAGGAUAUCGGGCACGUCCAUCGCCUUUAAGAACAUCGCCUGCAAAAUUGCCAACGAGCUCAAACUGUGACGGCAGAUGGAGUACCACUCAGGCUUCGGUGAGCCUCCUCUCAUCACUGGAUUAGUGUUGACUCACGGGACUAAAUCAGCACUGAAGGGCCUCACCGCGCAGAAUCAGGGUGGACUCGGCUGGGAACGUGCAAUCCUGGCCGUGAAUGUACUGUACAGGGUAGUGCAGAUCGGAGAUAUCACGAGGUUUAACCUCAGUGACGGACAGAUGGCAAAACUAACUAACCCUUCGUUGUUCACUUUUCAAACAUUUUUAAUUUUAUUUCUCUCCGUCCGGCCUCGUCUCUCUCAUCAGCCUGCUGCUACAUGUCAGAGGACGCAGUCAUGUAACACAUGCAGUAUGCAACUGAAGAUGACCAUCCUGCAAUAAUGUUUUCAGCCUGUUUUUCUAAAUACUUGGAGAUCUAUUUCUUCGCUGAAUAACCAUUAAAAUUACCGUAAGCUAACGAUAACCGCUUUUCCACCUGUUAAGGCAGUAUAUAAAUCAGGCUGGAGCCCAUACUAAAACUUAUGUAUAAAAAAAUUGUACUGUAUGCAUAACAUCUGCAGGUACUGUAUUGUAUAUUACUUUUGAGUUCUGUACAGAAUUUUAUUGUUAAUACUGUCUUUUUUUUAAAUUGGGUUAAUUUUCCUAAUAUGAUUCACGUCUCUUCGAGCAACGAUUCUGUCGAGUUUUCUUGCAGUCGCCCUUUUAAAAAAAAAAAAAUAAUCUGUAAGAACCACAAUAUACAAGUAGUGUUUUCAGGUUUAUUUAAAGAUCGCUAAA